AUGAUGCCACAUGCCACAACUCCGCACAAAAUGCCUCACACUCAGACACAGCUGGGGAGUGAAAUAGAUGUCACCCCAGACCAAUUGAACAGAUUUGCAGGCUUUGGUAUUGGCCUUGCAAGUCUCUUUACAGAAAAUGUUUUGGCUCAUCCUUGCAUUGUCCUGCGUCGUCAGUGUCAGGUUAAUUAUCAUGCUCGGAACUAUCAUCUCACUCCAUUUACUAUUGUCAAUAUUAUGUACAGCAUCAAUAAGACACAGGGUCCAAGAGCUCUUUGGAAAGGAAUGGGCAGCACUUUCAUUGUUCAGGGCAUAACCCUUGGAACAGAAGGCAUCAUCAGUGAAUUUACACCUUUACCAAGAGAGCUUUCACAUAAAUGGAACCUCAAGCAGAUAGGUGGCCACCUUUUACUCAAAGGCUUAACACAUGUGAUAGCAAUGCCUUUUUAUUCCGCAAGCCUGAUUGAAACUGUGCAGAGUGAAAUCAUUCGAGAUAAUCCUGGAAUUUUGGACUGUGUGAAAGAAGGGAUUGGCAGAGUUGUAGGCAUGGGAGUACCCCAUAGUAAACGUCUUCUUCCUCUGAUGGUGUUGACUUUUCCAACGGCUCUACAUGGAGUUCUUCACUACGUCAUCAGUUCCAUUGUCCAGAAGCUUGUUCUGUUUGUUCUGAGAAGGCAGAAUUCCCACAGCCUUUCAACAGAGAGCUCCACUUCUGUGCAGAGGAUGCUGGAUGCCUAUUUUCCAGAACUUAUUGCUAGCUUUGCUGCUAGCCUUUGUGCUGAUAUUAUGCUUUACCCGCUGGAGACAGUUUUACAUCGCCUUCAUAUUCAAGGGACUCGCACAAUAAUUGACAAUACAGACCUUGGCUAUGAAGUGCUUCCCAUCAAUACUCAGUACGAGGGCAUGAGAGACUGCAUAAAUACUAUAAAACGGGAAGAGGGGAUGCUAGGUUUUUAUAAAGGAUUUGGAGCUGUGAUAGUACAGUAUACCGUGCAUGUGGCUGUCCUACAACUCACUAAAAUUCUUUACUCAGCACUGCUUCAAAAUGUUUCUUAAUUUGUUCAGGUGUGGAUUUAUCUCAGUGAUCUAGUUAUUUACUAGUCUAGUUAUCGUUAAAAGUGGCAUAGAAAUGACACUGAAGAAUGUGCUCUAUAGAUGCUGUCUACACUGUUAAAAAAAACCUGUUUUGAAAAUUGGAAUUUAAAUUCCUGAAUAUCAU